UUUCAACUGUUUUUCGGAUCAUCCCACCACCUGAUCCUAAUACUCUCACAUACCCCCAGUUUCACUCCCUCUCACUUGACGGUGACUGCAUUGCCGUGCUCCCUCUCUCUCUCUCUCAGUUAGCCAACCAUAACCCUCAUCACAGCUUUUUCAGCUUCGAGGGGAAUUCUGUUUCAGUCUUCGGCUCUCAUUCUGCUCCCCUCGCUCCAUUUGAGUCGUUCUGGUCUCGUUCUUCUCUUGCUCGCCCUCACCGCGCGCUACCCGUCACUGGUUCCUGUCGAUUCUGGUAAGUAUCUUUAGUAAAAUCUGUUCACGAACGCAAGAACUAUGAGAGAAAAAGGAAUGUCUUGUUACGGUUGGAAUUAGUGGUCUAGCGGCUCUGAAGGUCAAGGUUUCCUCCCUGUUGAAGAGUUCUUCAAACUUGAGCAAUAUUGGCAAGGUGUGUGACUUCCCUCUAAUAAUGGAGAAACUGUCCUUGCAGCAGCUAUACACACUUCCAACUACAACCUCAACUCUUCCCAUUCCGCAAUUCCUCUUCCCCUUAUUCACAGCCCCAACUCCCUUCCCAACCGAAUUACACUCCCAAAGAUGUUGCAGAACCACCAUGCAUCGUCCAUUUGAAGCGUUCCCCAAGAGACAAGACCGUGCUUGCGUCAGUAAACAAACACAAGCAGAAGCAGAAGCAGAGGAAGAAUCUUCUUAUUCAGAUGAUGAUCUGUCCUUCUUGUCCCUCAGCGAGAAGCCUGAUAGGAACAUGGCCUUGCUUGACGAUUAUGAGGCCGACGAGCUCGACUUGGAUUUUGGCCCCAAUCACCGAAGCGGAUAUGUGGCUUUACUUGGCAAGCCAAAUGUUGGGAAGAGUACACUGGCAAACCAAAUGAUUGGCCAAAGGCUCUCAAUAGUUACAGAUAAACCUCAGACAACCAGGCAUCGAAUUCUCUGUAUAUGUUCUGGCUCAGAUUAUCAGAUGGUACUUUAUGACACACCUGGCGUCUUACAGAAGGAAAUGCACAAAUUAGACUCAAUGAUGAUGAAAAAUGUUCGCAGUGCUGUGGUAAAUGCUGACUGUGUGUUGGUCCUUGUUGAUGCAUGUAAAGCGCCUGAAAAAAUUGAUGAAGUGUUGGAAGAUGGAAUAGGAGACCUUGAAGAAAAGCCUCCAACUCUAUUGAUUCUGAACAAGAAGGAUCUUAUCAAACCUGGUGAAGUUGCAAAGAAACUGGAGUGGUAUGAGAAAUUUACCGAUGUUGAUGAGGUGAUUCCAGUUAGUGCCAAAUAUGGUCAUGGGGUUGAAGAUGUCAGGGACUGGAUACUGUCAAAGCUUCCCAAUGGACCAGCUUAUUAUCCAAAGGACAUUGUCAGUGAGCAUCCAGAAAGAUUUUUUGUGGCUGAAAUUGUUAGAGAAAAGAUUUUUAUGCAGUAUCGAAAUGAGAUUCCGUACGCAUGCCAGGUAAACGUUGUAAGCUAUAAGACUCGGCCAACUGCAAAGGAUUUCAUACAAGUGGAGAUUUUGGUUGAGAAAAACUCUCAGAAGAUAAUUGUUAUUGGAAGAGAAGGAAAGGCUUUGAAACUGCUUGCAACAGCUGCUCGCCUUGACAUAGAAGAUUUUCUACAGAAGAAAGUUUAUCUUGAGAUUGAAGUGAAAGUCAAAGAAAAUUGGCGACAAGAUGAAGGACUUCUUAAUCAUUAUGGUUAUGGGGGUCAGAUACGUGUUAUAUGACCCAAAGAAGCAAAUUUAUGUUCGUCAAAUAUUCCUUGAUGUGUAAGAUAUGAUCCCUAGGCGUCGGUGCCACCAAACGUAAUAUAAUUUUGAUUGACACUAACCCCCCUUCCCCACUUUUCUUCUUUCAAGUUAAACCAAUUUCUUCAAACUAGACUAGAUCGAUCUGGCAAAAAAUUGGCAAAAUCGACGGUAAAUCGGCAAACUGGUUUGUUCAAAUUUGGGGAAAAAAUAUUCAUUCAAUUUUAUACCCCAACAAAAGUGAAGCAGAGCGAUGAGUGGUGGUGAGAGCGGAGGCGGGGGAACUGAGGGCAAAACAGAGUGAGGUUAUUGGCUCCACCAAUGGAAGAGAUAAGGGGGAGAGUGACGGGGGGAGUGCACCAAGUACUACGGAGGGUGGGCAAAGGGCAUCUAAUGGAUUAAAUGAGGAUUCUUCGAAGAGUUUUAGAGUCUCCUUUCAUGACAAGGUUGUAGGGGGAUCAAUUCCGCAACCCAUGGCGACAGAUGAGGCGUUGGCGGGAAAAGGCUAGCCAAGGUCAUCGACAAGCAAGAUGAUGCAUUGCCUCCCAGGGUGAUUUGCGCAGAAGAGGGGAAGGAAAUGCUUUCCAGGGCAUAUCAAGACGCUAUCGUCAUCAAGGUUUUGGGGAGACAUGAUCUAUAAGGCUCUCAUGCGCAGACUGAAGAGUGUUUGGAGAUUGAAAGGAGGCCUAUAUUUGUUAGAUGGAGGAUAGAGAGAAAGAGUUUAUUAGGACCUUGGAUAUUAGCGGGUCAUAUGUCGUAGUGAAACCCUUUACGGUUGAUUUCUGCUUUAUUAACAAUGGUUGAAUAUACGGUACUAUGAUGAACAGGCCAUGAAGAGAGUCACUUCCGCCAUUGGAGUCCCUGUCCGAGUCGAUCUUGCUACUAAAUCAGCAGAGCCGGAGAAAUACGCAAGAGCGUGCGUGCAAAUUGAUCUAGGUGUACCUAUUGUGCGUUUGGUGGAAGUUGAUGGACGAAAUUUUAAAGUAGAGUAUGAGAGCCUUCAUUUGAUUUGUAACUAUUGUCUAUGUGAUGGUCAUGUUGGAUGUGAUUGUGAGAAUAAGAAGCUGGACGAGCUUGCAAAAUAACAAGCAUGAGGAGCAUAGAUCAAUGGCGACAGUGGAGACAUCUAAUACUGCUGCGGAGAAGAAUGUGACCAGGGAUGAAGUUUUCUUGUUUGAAGGACAACAAUCAUGCAAACCCAUUCCUAAUAUAAUAAUGCUUGAGGAUAAAUCCUGAGUAGGUCGCAUAUUGCAUGAUAAUAGGGGAAGCGAGUCAAUUGAAUUCAAAGGAGGUAAUAACGGUGAGUUUUAGCCUAAGCCUCCUAGAAAGAGGCUAAUAAGGAUAGGUUAAGUAUAAAGCUUUAAUUUGAUAGGCUAAUAAGUAUAAAGCUUCUCUGCCACAAAUUGAUUGAUGAUGCUGCACUGCUGCCAUAAGGUUUGAGGCAGAGGAUAGGUUAAGUUUUUUUUUUUUUUUUUAGA